AUGGAUGGGGGCGACUUCCAAGGGUCUACCAUUGGGGUCGAUCUCGACAUGCUGUACCAGGAUGGCACGAAGUUGCUGAUCACCAACCUGCCGCAAGGAGCCAGGGCGGAAGACCUGAAGGAGUCUUUCGGUGUCUUCGGGCGCAUCCAGUAUGCUGGCGUUGACGGCGGCCGCUUCCCUCCUCCGCCACGGGCGACAGCUCCCAUGGGCGGCUUUGCAGGCCGGGGUGACGGCUACGGCGCGCGGCGACCUGUUUUCGGUGUAGGGCGCGGGACGGUCCGCUUCGAGACCGCGGAGAUGGCGGAGGAGGCGGUCAGUGCACUGGACGGCCAGGAACUCCGAGGCGCCACGAUUUCGGCGCGCCUGGACCCCUCAUCGAAGGAUGGAUCGAAGAUCUUUGUCGAUGGCUUGGAGCCAUCCGUGGAAUGGCAGGACCUGAAGGAUUUCUGCGCUCAGGUAGGCGUCGUGGCCUUCGUCAAGGUAGAGAAGGCGGCUGGCGCACCCAUGCAUUCGCAGCCACCGCCACGGACGGAGAGCCGGAG